AUGACAGAGAACAAUCACUUGGUCCAAUCCGAUCCUGACGGUUCUGAACUCUCUGGAGGGCCUUGCGAUGUCACCGAACCGGACAGAAAGGUUGAGGAUGAGAAAGCUAUCCAGCAAUCUCUCCAAGAAGCCGAGGAAUUGAAACUCGAGGGCAAUGACUACUUCCGAGCUGGAAAAUGGACCGAGGCACUGAAUGCUUACCGAACUGGGCUGGGACGAUUACCACGACGCAAGAAGAACCUGACGUCCAAAAAGGGGAAGGAGCGGGAGAGAGACUUGACAAGUGGUUUGGACGAGGACGACGACCAGGGGGAUGAUCGCCCAUUAGCCACGGGCAACGAGGAUGGGCAGGAGCCGCAACCUCCCCUCACUGAAGUGGAGAAGGAAUGUGCCAAGGUUCGAGCUGUUCUGAGUGCGAACAUAGGCGCAUGUCACAUGAAAUUGGAAGAGUAUAAGGAGGCUGUCGCGGCUUGUACUGAAGCAUUGCUGGAUGACCCUGGCUACGUCAAAGCUUUGCAAAGGCGCGCUGCUUGCAACCAGAAGAUUGGUACAUGGUCGUCACUAACAAGUGCACAAGAAGAUUACACUGCGCUCUUAAGUGUGUUGCCUCCUUCGUCGCAUGAAAUCGGGGAGAUGCGUCGAGCUCUACAGAGUAUCAAACCUCGGAUUGAAGCAGCACAGAAGGCCGAGAUGGCGGAGAUGAUGGAUAAGCUCAAAGGGCUCGGCAAUAGUGUCCUAGGGCACUUCGGUCUUUCUACAGACAACUUCAAGUUCGAGCCAAACGGGCAGGGUGGUUACUCCAUGAAUUUCGUGAGAUGA